AGAUGAGGUCGUUUAUUAUAUUUGCUGUUGCUUUCAUAGCUGUUGAAGCUUUAUCCUUCAAGAAUGAGUGGAAUGAAUUCAAGCUGAAACAUGGAAAAUCCUACGACACGAAAGAAGAAGUGAAUCGCUUCUCGAUUUUCCAAUCAAACUUGCUCACCAUUGUCAACCACAACAAAAAAUAUGGAAAUGGCGAGUCCACUUUCAAGAUGGCAAUCAACAAAUUUGCCGAUCUAACUUCCGAGGAAUUUAAAGCCAUGAUGACCAACCCCUUCGUAUGGAACACCACUUUGAAAGUCGAGCAAACCAGUUUCGAUGACGUCAUGGAUACGGAUAUACCCGAAGAGGUCGACUGGAGAAAAAAAGGAGCUGUCACUGCAGUCAAAAACCAAGGAAACUGUGGAUCAUGCUGGAGUUUCAGUGUGACCGGAACAGUCGAAGGUCAAUACUUCAUCAAAAAAGGGAAAUUGCUCUCCUUCAGCGAACAACAAUUGGUAGAUUGUGCCAAUGGUAAAUACCUUUCCGAAGGCUGUAACGGAGGCUACAUGGACAAAGGUCUGCAGUAUGUAGCAGACUAUGGCCUCAUGUUGGAAAAUGCUUAUCCCUACAAGGCGAGAGACCAGUUUUGUCAGUACAAGAAAUCGGAAGUCGCUGUCAAGAUUUCCUCCUACAAGUCGGUGAAGACAGGAGAUGAAAAUGAACUGAAGAAGGCUGUGGCAACUGUAGGACCAAUCUCUGUUGGUAUCGAUGCGACAGAUACCUUCCGUUUCUACGACUCUGGUGUUAUGGAUGACACGACUUGCAACAACGAGGAUAGAAACCAUGGGGUUCUGGCUGUUGGAUAUGGUACUUUGAACGGAAAUGACUAUUGGAUCGUGAAGAAUUCUUGGGGAACCGAUUGGGGACAAGAUGGUUACAUCUUGAUGUCUAGGAAUAAGGAUCAAUGUGGAAUAGCAUAUGAGCCAACGUAUCCAGUUUUGUAAUAUGUUAACGACUGUACUACAAUAAUGGUCUGAAUUUGUUACUAGGUAUAUAGACGUUCUACCAUUUUAUGAAAUUAAGUUAAGUAAUAUAUUUCAGUUAUCUACUGC